UCGGCCGAUUCAUGUGCCGCCUGGCUACCGUGUGAUCUGGCCGCGUGUUCAUCCGCCGCCGCCGGACCGGUCACGAUCGUCUCCCCUCGGAUGCGAGCUCUUUUUCGUCCGCACGCAGAGUGCCACCGUCAAGAAAAUGAAGUCAACGUUCGCGGCGCUGAUGACGGCGCUGACGCUGUUGCCGUUCGUCUUAUCGCAAAGCAACCACGUUUACGUUUCGGUGAUCCAUGGCCACGACCAAGGUUCACUGUUGCCUAGGACCAUGGACAGGGCGAUGCCGCCGUCGGUGCGGGUGCUGUACGCCGAAAUGCCGGCCAACAGGUUCAGCACGGGCGCCCUGGAAGCAGUGCUCGACCUGUGGGCGAACAAGACGAUCGUCGCGUGUCUGCUGCUCAUACCCGAACCGGUUGGCUCGAUGCCCGCGUUGACAGCGACCAGCUACAGGAUACCCGUACUCUGGCUCCCUUCGGUGCAGCGAGUGGACCAGGAACGCUGGAACGAGAUGGUGGUCAGGGUAUCGAUCACACCGUGGGAAUUGUUUUCCGCUCUUAGGUCAUUUCUGUUGCACACAGGAUGGCAUAAGUUUUACGUGUUGCAUUCGAUCACGAUCGACUCAAGCGUCAAGACGAUGCUGAGCAUAGCUCCGUUGAGCUACACGUCGGUGCCCAUAUCUUCGGACUCGUCAGACCUUAUGCUGUUCAGAUCUAUGGUGGAACUCUCGACUUCCGAGGCUUCUGUGGUGGUGGUGGUCGGCGACCGGGACUCGGCGCAAACCGUCUGGCGCCAGGCGGCCGCUCUCGGGCUACUGCCCACCGGCAACGUAGCUUGGCUGUGGCUGGACAUCGGCAACAUCGGCGGCGGCGGCGUCAACGCGACCGGAAAGAGGAAGGGCAACGUGCCGGUGGGAAUGCUGUCGCUGCGUCCCGUCGCACCACCGCAGGCAGACAAGCACACCAUCAGAGCGGCAGUGCGCGUGUUCGCCGAAUGCGUCAAGGACGUGAUGGCGGCUAGGUGCGAGGGAUGGACGCCCAAGGUUUCCAGGGUCGGGGACUCGUGCGUGGAAGUUUUGCGGGGCCCCGAAUUCCCGGGCGAUUUGUACAGGCAACUCAGGAGUGCGGUGCACGACGUGCUUUCCGGCCGGUCGAUUGGCCGCCGGGCCAAAGCCAACGCCGAAAAACCGGACCUCAGCCUCGCCGUCCGAUUCGACAUCAUGAAUUCGAUCGCCAGCAACCGACACGCACCAAGUAAGUCACACACGUUUUUCGCCAGGUAAUCCGUCGCCGGACGUUUGCCAAUGAUAAUAAUAUUAUGAUAAUAAGUUACGCCUAUUGCCUUCAUAUACCAUCUCGUUGGUCGAUUUGUUGUAUGCGACCAUCAUACAUGCGUGCCAGCAUACAAUACAAGUACACAAUUUUAUUUUACAUUGUACAGUGUUGAGCGUAGUGUUAAAAAACGCAUCCGACGUAAUAGCAUUAUAUAUUAUUAUUGUGCCUAUAUACGUUUAUGGCUGAAUGGGCAAGACGCGAAAUCCGAAUGAAAAAUCAAUAACUCCACUCCAUCAUAUCACUCAGACUCUGCAUCGCCCGUUCGCACUGCUGCACGUCGAAUUGUGCUGGUUC